CCAAUCUGGACUUUGACGCCCGCGUCCCCAUCCCCUUCAGUGUCUUCCCGUCGUCGUACCGGAGUGACGCUGUCUCUGAGACUACUCAUUCAAGAGUAGAGGGAGAGGUCAAGUUAACGGGCGCCGCUGCUUCGCGCGUCGGACGGGAAGAUACUCACCACGAAGGGCCGCUCCCAGCUCCCAGAGUCCACGGAAACGAAGAGGUUGACCACCGCUACUCCAAGACCGAGUAUCGCCCUGUUCGAACCCAAAUCCGUGAGGACUAUCGUGUCUACGAAGAAGCCCCUCCUGCUGCUCGUGAGAGAUACCCUGAGGUAGAUCUCGCUCGUGAACAAUACUACGAGACCAAACAGGAACGCAAAGGUUUCCAGGCUCAACUCGACGUAACCGAGCACGAAUAUCGCCGACGAACAGACCCUAACUACUCUGUUCAGUACGAAUCUGUGCGUCCGUAUCCAAACGAAACACGAGAGGUUGACGCGUCAUACGAUCGUGUCGACGAAUACACCGAGACCUACAAGCCUCGCCCACACGUCCGUGAAGUCGAUUACGAUUCCAGCUCCAACCGCUUCGACAAGACUGUUGAAGUGAUCAAAGAGCGUCGAACCGUCCACGACACUCCAACCCAAAGAAUGGGAUAUUACGACGACGAGGGACAGUAUCAUUCUUUCCGUCGUGGUGUUGAGCGUGCUGCCGACCGCAUCUUGCAUCCUUUCCACCAUCAUCACCACCAUCACAAGGAAGAAAUGGUUUCCGAGGAUCGCCCAGUCCGCCGUGAGGCUCCACGUGAGACCGUGAGAGUCAUCCAGCCCCGUGGCGGCCACCCCCCUGGCACUAUCACCAUUCCAUGCCACUUCAUCCGCAUUGGUGAUCUCCUCAUUCUCCAGGGUCGCCCUUGCCAAGUGAUUCGCAUUUCGGUCUCCGCCCAGACUGGACAGCAUCGUUAUCUUGGUGUUGAUCUUUUCACUGGUCAACUUCAUGAAGAGUCCAGCUUUGUAUCUAACCCAUCUCCCUCUGUUGUCGUUCAGAGCAUGCUCGGACCCGUCUACAAGACAUACCGCAUUCUUGAUCUCCGUGAUGACGGCCAUAUCACUGCCAUGACCGACACCGGUGACAUCAAACAGGGCCUCCGCGUCAUCGACCAAGGUGGUCUUUUCAACCGCAUCAGUGAUGCCUUCGCUGAUGGAAGAGGAAGCGUCCGUGCUCUUGUUAUCAACGAUGGUGGCCGUGAACUUGUUGUCGACUACAAGGUCAUCCAUGGCUCUCGCCUCUAA